GGGCGUCUGGGAGCCGAGCCUCGGGGCUCGGGAAGGGGCGCAGGCGGCCGCCAUCUUGGAUUGCGAACCCAGUGGCUACGCUUCACGCGAAGGGCGGAGGGGUGGCUCCUCGUUUACCGCCGCAGACGUCGCUGCAGGGCCUGGGCAGGCAGGGCCGCGGGGAGCGCCACGUUCAUGGAUGCCAUGGCUAGUCCAGGGAAGGAUAACUAUAGAAUGAAAAGUUAUAAGAAUAAAGCCCUAAAUCCUCAAGAGAUGCGCAGACGAAGAGAAGAAGAAGGAAUACAGCUUAGGAAACAAAAAAGAGAAGAACAGUUGUUCAAACGCAGAAAUGUCUCUUUGCCCAGAAAUGAUGAAUCUAUGCUGGAAAGUCCUAUACAGGAUCCAGAUGUCAGUUCUACUGUACCCAUUCCAGAGGAAGAAGUUAUUACCACAGACAUGGUUCAGAUGAUUUUUUCUAAUAAUGCUGAUCAACAGCUAACAGCAACACAGAAAUUUAGAAAGCUGCUUUCUAAAGAACCUAAUCCACCGAUAGAUCAAGUUAUACAGAAACCAGGAGUUGUACAGAGAUUUGUGAAAUUUCUUGAAAGAAACGAAAAUUGUACUUUACAAUUUGAAGCUGCCUGGGCAUUAACUAAUAUAGCAUCUGGAACUUUUCUGCAUACCAAGGUCGUAAUUGAAACUGGGGCCGUUCCAAUUUUUAUCAAACUUCUUAAUUCUGAACAUGAAGAUGUUCAGGAACAGGCUGUUUGGGCACUUGGUAAUAUUGCCGGUGACAAUGCAGAAUGCAGAGAUUUUGUUUUGAAUUGUGAAAUACUUCCACCUCUUUUAGAGUUAUUAACGAAUUCAAACAGACUUACAACCACCAGAAAUGCUGUAUGGGCCCUCUCAAAUUUAUGUAGAGGCAAAAACCCUCCUCCAAACUUUAGUAAGGUUUCCCCUUGCCUAAAUGUCCUGUCACGAUUGUUGUUUAGCAGUGACCCAGAUGUAUUAGCAGAUGUGUGCUGGGCCCUUUCUUACCUCUCCGAUGGACCCAAUGAUAAGAUUCAAGCAGUCAUUGAUUCUGGAGUCUGUCGAAGAUUGGUGGAACUUUUGAUGCACAAUGAUUAUAAAGUUGUAUCACCUGCAUUAAGGGCGGUUGGUAAUAUUGUGACUGGUGAUGAUAUUCAAACACAGGUAAUUUUGAAUUGUUCUGCAUUACCCUGUCUCUUACAUUUAUUGAGUAGCCCAAAGGAGUCAAUUAGAAAAGAAGCCUGUUGGACUGUUUCUAACAUCACUGCUGGAAAUAGAGCUCAGAUUCAGGCUGUUAUAGAUGCAAACAUUUUUCCUGUUUUGAUUGAGAUUCUUCAGAAAGCAGAAUUUCGCACCAGAAAAGAAGCAGCUUGGGCUAUAACUAAUGCAACAUCAGGAGGCACUCCAGAGCAAAUAAGGUAUUUGGUAGCCUUAGGCUGCAUUAAACCACUUUGUGACCUUUUGACUGUUAUGGACUCCAAAAUAGUCCAAGUGGCUUUAAAUGGACUUGAAAAUAUUUUACGUCUUGGGGAACAAGAAUCUAAGCAGAAUGGAAUAGGCAUUAAUCCAUACUGUGCUCUCAUUGAAGAAGCAUAUGGUUUGGAUAAAAUUGAGUUUCUGCAAAGCCAUGAAAAUCAGGAAAUUUAUCAGAAGGCUUUUGAUCUGAUUGAACAUUACUUUGGUGUAGAAGAAGAUGACCCCAGCAUUGUACCUCAGGUGGAUGAAAGCCAACAACAGUUUGUAUUUCAGCAGCAAGAAGCACCAAUGGAUGGAUUUCAACUUUAACUUGGUGGAGGGAAAAAAAAUCAAUGGCUGAGAAGGGUAGCUUCACACAUCUCCUCUUUGUUACAGUGUCAGUAGGAACGUUUAAUGUUUUUUACAUAGAUCAGAAAAUAAAGAAGUUGUUGCACUUUUCAAAUGCAUGCCUGUAAUUCCGGCUACUUGGAA